GGUAAUUAUAGCUGGCAGUAAGCUUUGGCAGUUAGUCAGUUAGAAACACUCACUUGCAUAGUCACUUCACAUUCUAACCUGCACAGACCAGAGAAAUGUCAGGACCCAGGCCUGUAGUUCUGAGCGGUCCAUCAGGAGCUGGGAAAAGCACCCUGUUGAAGAGACUCAUGAAGGAAUAUGAAGGGGUUUUUGGAUUCAGUGUCUCUCACACCACCAGAAAUCCUCGGCCAGGAGAGGAAGAUGGAAAAGGGCUGACUUGUCUCCCAAUGCUUCUGGGGGCUACAUUACUUCCUGUAGCAGACAUCCUAUCCUCUGUGACAUCUGAAGAUUACCACUUUGUCACCAGAGAGAACAUGCAAGAGGGAAUCGACAAGGGCGAGUUCAUUGAGAAUGCAGAGUUUUCUGGGAAUAUGUAUGGAACCAGCAAAUCAUCCAUAGAGGACGUUCAGGCACAAAACCUCAUCUGCAUCUUGGAUGUUGACAUACAAGGGGUACAAAACAUCAAGAAGACUGAUCUAAACCCCAUUUAUAUCUCCAUUCAGCCACCUUCAAUGGAGAUCCUGGAAAAGCGUCUGAGGGACAGACAAACCGAGACAGAGGAAAGUCUACAGAAGCGUCUGGAGGCCGCGAGGAUUGACAUGGAGCUCAGUAAGGAACCUGGAGUUUUUGAUAUUGUAAUCAUUAAUGAUGACCUGGAAGGAGCCUAUGAGAAGCUCAAAAGUGUUCUUGUUGAGGAAAUUCAGAAGGUGCAAGAUGCCAAGAAAUAGGAAAGGAUAUACGGGACUUUUCACGUUUUUUCCCGUCAACACAGGACAUGAAGCCUUUUUUUCCAGCCUUGUACAGUGUAUAUAGCCUAGUACAAGUGUUGGUUCUCAUGUUAGACUCUAAAAAGUCGAUUGGCCUAAAGGGUUAAACAUCUCAGUCUCAGUUGAGGACUCAUCUCUAUAAACUGUGUGA